GUUUAUCCAUUUCCAAUUUCACUCUUUCUCCCCAUUUUCGUCUUCCUCUUCCUUCUCUCUACUUUCUCUCUCCUAGGGUUAGGGUUUUAUCGUUUCAUUUUCUUCACAAACAAUCAGAGAUGACUCAAGAAGUUCAAAACGGAGCUGAGAACGGUGUUGCUGCUGCUACUGCCGUUGUUUUCUCGGCGUUUAAGCCACAACUUCUUGUUCAGGCUCCUAAGGCUUCUGAUGCUGUUCAGUUUUACAAGUCUGCUUUUGGCGCUGAGGAAGUUAGCCGUACUAUGCACUCUAAGAGGAAGGCUGAGCAAGAACUUCCUCUUGUUCUUUCUGCUGAUCUUAAGCUCGGUUCCUCGGUUUUCUCUGUCUCUGACCUUCCUGAUGAUGCUGCUCAGGUGAAAACUGAAGGAUCUGGCUGUGCAUUCAUUUUGGAGACCGAAGACCUCGACGCUGCGAUUUCCAAAGCUAUUGCUGCCGGAGCUGUAGCUGAAGGUGAAGUAUCUGAAGUCGAAGGUUCUGGACGCGUUGGUAAACUCAAAGACCCAUACGGCUACCUUUGGAUGAUUUCUUCUGUUGCUAAGAAGCCUGCUGACGUGGAGGCCUAAAUCACCGUUUGAUCUUUAAUCACUGCUGAUUUAAAAUUCCUGUUUGAUGAUUUAGAAGAAUCUCAGUAAUAUUAGUAGUAGCAAUUAAUUAGCACUAAAGAAGUAGUAGAUGAUGAACAGUUGUCUUCUAGGUGCUGGCUGGCUGGUGGUAGUAGUGUUGAUAGCUUUAUGAUUACAACUAUCUCUGUUUGUUGUCUUUUAGUUAAUGAGAGAGGGCUAAAAAAUGAUUUUGAAUUUUGAACCACUUUUUUGUUGAGGAUUACUCUUGUUAAUUAAACACUCGGCAGCUGGCGGUUUCUUAACCUUUCUUUAAUGGAGUAAUUAGUAAAGUUUUCCGGUA